AUGGAAGAUUUCUACAUUAACAACACAUUUGAAGACUGCAAUAAUUAUAGCUGCCCUACUCAAGGAGUUGAAGUGGUGACGCUAAGCAUUGAAACUGCUUACAAUAUAGUGCAAGGGGUAAUCAUCUGUGUUGGGCUUCCGUUGACACUAGUGGCCAUUCUUCUGCUUUGUUCUUUGGAGAAGAAAAAUCACGCUACUCCGAUUUAUGUCAUCAACCUCCUCAUCUCUGACCUCCUGCAGCUCUGCAGUCUCAUUGUUUGGCUGGUACCGCAUGAGAGUGGGAAGCUGAAUGAUGUCUUCUUUUACGUUUACUUCCUGGGAGAGAUGGCCAGUGUCGGCUUCAUGGUGUGCGUCGCCUUAGAAAGGUAUUUGGUCAUCACCCACCCACUGUGGUACCGCUUCAGCCGAUCCAUCAAGAUUUCUGGAGUGGUUUGUGUUGUGGUCUGGCUCCUUCCUCUUAUCUAUCUCAUUCCUUUCUUUCUUGGUGUUAAGCGUUUGAUCAGAGAAAUCAUCCUCGGAGUCUACCACAUGCUCCCACUCCCCCUUUUCAUUUUCUUCCUAGGUGGGACACUGAAAGCUCUGCUUGCAGCUAGUCGCAUCCCUGCUACUGAAAAACGAAGAAUAUUAGGAAUUCUUGUCUUGGUGCUACUUAAUUACUUAUUUCUGUUCAUGCCCUCUGUCAUUUGGUCUCUGAUAGAAACAACCAGAAAAAACAAAAUUUUCAGCUACACAUCUUAUGUGUUACUUUACUGCAGUCCUCUUGCAGAUGUGUUUCUUUAUGUUUUCAUAAGGAAAGGGGUUGUAGAUAACCUUUUAGCAUCUCUCUGUUGUUGCAAAAUGGACAAUGGCUCUGUAGAGGCAACCUCAGCUGCUACAGUGUGAAUAGCUACAUUUGCAUGCCAACUAAUAUUCCAAUUUGUCCUUAAUUCUUGAAAAUCAGUGUUCUGAAUUAGCUGUUUACCUGGUCAAUAAUGGCCACUUAUAUUCUUCCUUACAUGCAGCUGUAUAUAUCCCAAUAAAAGUGUUUUUCAGUUGUUCCACAGUAUCAACUUAGCCUCCCUCUUUUGUUGCUUAAAACGUCCUUUGGAAAAGGUCAGCUUUUUGAUAUUUGCUCAUAUCUAUGGACCUAUUGAUAUCCUUUGUCAUAAUGUUUAUCUGUAGGUCUGUUUGUCCUUCUGACCAGAAUUGUUGACUUUUUUUUUGGAGCAUCCAUUCUGUACCAGAGAGGAUCUUUGUCUUUGCUACAGCUAAUCAAAAUCAGGAGCUGUGUGAUGCGACCUGCAAUAAAACACCCAAAGUAUAAUGUUGAGAGACUCCUAUUAAUACCAGAAUAUUGGCUUCACAGGCCAGGAAAAAUGUUGUUUACAUGACACCUGUUAAAUUCUAAAGAUUGAUAAAUGUAAGUUCCAAAUGGUGAGAAUAAUAGUUUGCAUGUAAAUGUACUUAAUCUGCCAGCAUGUGGAGAUGAAAUGUGUAGAGACAGACGAAGGAGAAAUGUAGGUAAAAAGAAAGUUAAAAGUGUUCAAAACUUCCAUAGAAUAUGCUUAACUACUGAUUAAGAAGCAUUUUAUUUGGUGACUGCCUCACAUAUAUACAGUCACAGCCUGUUUUU